AUGUCUAGCGCACAUAAAAGCAAGAAAGCAUCAAGUGCAAAGAAGCAAGCUAAAAGAGUUCACGAGGCUGAUAUGGAGUUAAGGAAAAAGAGGAAGGUACUGAAGACAAAUGUUGCAAAAGAGUUGGUAACGAGUAUAGUUGACAGGACAACAGAGGAGGAGGCCUCCUCUGCAUAUGAUGCGCAAAAUGAUAAAUCCACUUCAAAGCGUGACCUGCGGUUUAAUUUCUCUAACAUUAUCAAUCAACAGCCAUUCUUUUCCCAUCCCUCGCAUCCUACAAUUGAUCUUCACAGUGAAAUGAAGUUACAGCGUCAAAGAAGACUGGUCGAACUUGACAUGCUUAGAGAGAAGGAGCUUGACGACACAAAGGACGAUGAUGAAACAGGAUCUGACGAUGACUUGCUAAGUUUCCCUUCAUCGGAAGAUGAGGAUCUCAUGGAUUCCAAGCUUCCAAAGCUUCACGAAUUAAAGACUUUUGGAAGUGAUUAUAAUUCAUGCAUUUCAGGGCUGGAAUCCUUAACCACCGGCUUGGAGCAGGUUGAUCAGCUAAUCAGACAGCUGAACGAUCACAAUGCGGAACUGGACGUUCUGAAUAUCCACGAACAAAGCAUCCUAAAAUCGUUCGAGUAUGAAUCAGAUGUCAAGCUCAAAGAGCGCAAUCUUUCUAAGAUGCCUUGUGUAACAGGGGAAUUUACAAAACAAAGUAAUUGUCAACUCAUAUCUGAGACUUCCACCUUUCGUUCGCUUUCGAACGAGAAUCAAAAUGCACUGUGGCCACCUGAAAUCAGAGAUAAGUCUCAAACGCUGGAACCUUAUGAAACAUCUGACGUUCCAUUUGACGAGUUUUUGAAUUUAGGUGAAGACAGCUGCACAACCAGCGAUAUGGAUAAUGAACGUCUGACUUCGUCUUCUCCAAAUAAUGCAAUUGACCAUUCGGGCACAUUGUCUCGCAGAAGGAAAUUUGAAUACCGCUACAGCCACGAUAAAAUCAAUCUAGCCUUGGUUGAUAAUUUGAGUUGCCAAGCAGACAUUAGACGAAAAAACAAAAAGGGUCCAUUAAAUAAGAGCGCGCUUUUUUACGGGAAUCAUUGCGAGAUGAUAAUCAAUGACUCCCUUUUCCAAUUAAAUGAUUUUGUGAUUUAG